CAUGGAAGAAAGUGAAACCAUCACUCCACGGCUACCAUCGAUGGUGGGAAACUAUCUGCAGUCCCGCCAUCAAUGGUAAAAUCAUUUGGCACUAAGGUGGUCAUUCUGAGUUGAUCGCACGUAGCAACUUUUUGCUGCUCGUGCGAUCAACUUGACGCCGCCUAUGGGGGAGUGUAUUUUAGCAUAGCAGGGCUGUGAUCGCUUGUGCAGCCCAGCUAUGCUAAAAAAGUUUCCUGCAAAACAAGACCAGGGUCAGACCUACUUACCUUGUGCGACGGAUCCAGCGACGAAGGUCCUGAGAUUGACAUCAGACAUCCGCCCUCCAAACACCUGGACACGCCUGCGUUCGGAUCUCCAUGCCCGGAAAACGGUCUCAGAAGAACCACAAUCCCUCGAGGCUGAAAAGAUAAUAACGUCAAACAUUUCUCUGCAGCAAGUGUUGGGGUACAACUAUUGUUACUGAAUUCAAGUCCUGCGGACAGCCAGGAGCCAUGGCAGAAAACACAAACCAUUUGCCCUACUUUUUUGGAAACAUAACACGUGAAGAAGCAGAGGAUUACCUAAAGCAAGGAGGAAUGAGUGAUGGCCUAUAUUUAUUACGGCAGAGUCGAAGUUAUCUUGGAGGUUGUGCUCUAUCAGUAUCACAUGGACGUAAGUUUUACCACUAUACAAUUGAAAGAGAGCUAAGUGGAAUGUAUGCAAUAGUUGGUGGAAUAUCUCACAAUUCUCCAGCUGAGCUCUGUAAUUACCACACUCAUGAAAGUAGCGGACUUAUCUGUUUGCUGAAGAGACCCUGUAAUCGCCCAUCUAAUGUUCAACCAAAAAUAGGACCCUUUGAAGACCUAAAGGAAAAUCUAAUCAGAGAAUAUGUUCGUCAAACAUGGAAUUUACAGGGUGAAGCAUUUGAACAAGCUAUAAUUAGUCAAAAACCUCAGCUUGAGAAGCUGAUUGCUACAACUGCUCAUGAAAAAAUGCCUUGGUUCCAUGGGAGUAUUUCACGAGAACAAUCUGAACAGCUACUACUGAAAGGACAAAAAUCAAAUGGAACAUUUUUAAUAAGAGAACGGGACAGUAAUGGUUCAUAUGCUCUAUGUUUGAUGCAUGAUAGAAAAGUUUCACAUUAUCGCAUCGACCGAGACAAAACUGGAAAAUUGUCAAUACCAGAAGGGAAAAAAUUUGACACUUUAUGGCAGUUGGUUGAACAUUAUUCGUACAAACCCGAUGGACUUUUGAGGUCCCUAACAAAUCCAUGUCCUCGAUACAAUGCUAUCAGUAGUGGGACCUGCACGUUUCGUUUUCCAGAGCGCAGUGGACUUCCUAGGCUGCCUACUGAGAAUUGGUCAGCAGGUGGAAUAAUCUCAAGAUUCAAAUCCCUCUCCUUUCCCAAGGCUGGCAGCAAAAAGCAAAGCAUAGCUGAAGUUGUCCGCAGUGGAAGCGUCUCUUCAAGAAAUCCUUAUGUUUCAAGAGUGGGGUCAGAAGAAAGUGCAGCCUCAAAUGCAUCAUUGUACUCUAUGCCAAUGGACACAGACGUAUAUCGUGGGAUAUAUGAAGACCCUGAUGAGUUAAGGGCUCAAACCCUCAAAAUAAACAGAGAGCAGCUGUCUCUAAUUGAUGGUGAACUGGGCUCUGGUAACUUCGGAACUGUAAAAAAAGGAAUAUUGACAAUGACCAAGUCUAGAAGACAAGUUGCUGUUAAAAUUCUCAAGAAUGAAAGCAAUGAGGCUUCAGAACUGCUGACAGAAGCAACAGUCAUGCAGCAGCUGGACAACCCAUAUAUAGUCAGAAUGAUCGGCAUUUGUGAAGCAGAGUUUUGGAUGCUGGUAAUGGAGCUGGCAGAAGUAGGACCACUAAAUAAAUUCUUGGCUAAGAACAGGGAUGUUUCCGAAAAGAAUGUAACUGAGCUCGUACAUCAAGUUUCCAUGGGGAUGAAGUACUUGGAAGAAAAGAAUUUUGUCCACAGGGACUUGGCAGCCAGAAAUGUUCUUUUGGUCACUCAGCAUUAUGCCAAAAUUAGUGAUUUUGGGCUCUCUAAAGCAAUCGGAUCUGAUGAAAAUUACUAUAAAGCAAAAAGUUGUGGACAUUGGCCAAUCAAGUGGUAUGCCCCAGAAUGUAUUAACUACUUCAAAUUCUCAAGCAAAAGUGAUGUGUGGAGCUUUGGUGUUCUUAUGUGGGAGGCAUAUUCAUAUGGUCAAAAGCCAUAUAAAGGAAUGAAAGGUGUAGAGGUGGCAAAGAUGAUUGAAAGUGGAAACAGAUUGGAAUGCCCAUCCAGGUGCCCACCAGAAGUCUAUGAUCUCAUAAAAUUGUGCUGGACAUACAAAUAUGAAGAUCGUCCAGCUUUUUCCAGUGUUGAGCUUAAACUACGAAACUAUUACUAUGACAUUGCCCAGUAAUUGUUUAUGAGAAAAUCUCAGUAAAUGGACGAAGCUUCCCAUACACAAAUUAAAAGUUGUUGUUGUUUUUUUUAAAGCAAUGUUUGUAUUUACUGUUUAUUGUACAAAGAAAAAAGAAAGUCCUUGCAGUGAAUUCUUUUUCACCAAAGUGUGGCAUGACGCUGAGUUACUCUGGACUAGUUUAAAAUGUUGUUACUAUUUGUAGUGCGGAGUGUUUAAUGUUCUAUUUUUUAUGAUAAUAUUGCAGGUCAAAACAAAUUUAUCCUUAAUAAAUUAGUUAUCCUGGUUUA